AUGGAUGUGAUUGAAAUUCAUGAAGCUCAGUUUCUUGAUGACCGUUGUGAUCUCUGUUGCAAUGCUGCUUAUCUUGAUGAUUAUACUAUUAUUCUUGCAGGUCCAUCUGAUGUUCAAAGGCUACAAGCUAGGUAUGAUGGUUAUGGCGCUCUAUGCUACAAUCCCAAAUUUGUGGGUGGUGUCGACAUGAUGUUGUACUUCCGUGGAGCAAAGGAAACUGACUUUGCUAUUUUCUCAAAUGACAACCUCCACAUUAAUGCCCAUCUAAUUGGUACACAAACACACGGAAGGAAGUGCAAAUUUACACGGGUUCAAACAUUUUUAGGCAUGUUUGCCUCCCAUACAUUACUUCUAGGAGCAAAGAAAGUGUCAAACUGUGAUGAAAAUGUCCAUGCUGCUAGGUACAGUGGAACGGUGAGACAGUUGAUGUCACAACGGAUGGAGAUGCAGAAUAGAGUAUUUAACACUGCUGAGAGAUCAGUGGUGGUCAAGAGGACAGAUGAUCUUAACAACAUAAAGGUCACAGUUUCCACUGUAUUGCAAUUAAAUGUAAAGUUAGUCCCCAUUUGUGAGAGAAAACUAUGUUUUACAACUAUCAGUUACCACCAGAAGAUGUUUCUUUUGCUCAUCUAG